AUGGUCAGGGUUUCGAUGCUGCCAGUUAGAGAUGCUGGUGCUGCUAGUGUUACUGUUAGAGAUGCUGGUGCUGCAACUGUUACAGUUAGAGAUGCUGGUGCUGCUAGUGUUACUGUUAGAGAUGCUGGUGUUGCUAGUGUUACUGUAAAAGAUGCCGGUGCUUCAAGUUUUAUGGUUGGAGAUGCUUUUGCUGCUAGUGUUAGGGUACGAGAUGCUGAUACUGCAAGUGUUACAGUUAGAGAUGCUGGUUCUGCUAGUUUUUUGGUUAGAGAUGCUGGUGCUGCAAGUGUUACGGUACGAGAUGCUGGUGCUGCUUGUGUUACGGUACGAGAUGCUGGUGCUGCAAGUGUUCCCGUUAGAGAUGCUGGUGCUGCAAGUGUUUCGGUUAGAGAUGCUGGUGCUGCAAGUGUUUCGGUUAGAGAUGCUGGUUCUGCUAGUGUUACGGUAAGAGAUGCUGGUGCCGCUAGGGGUAUGGUUAGAGAUGCUGGUGCUGCUGGUGUCACAGUAAGAGAUGCUGGUGCUGCAAUUGUUACGGUUAGAGAUGCUGGUUCUGCUAGUGUUACGGUUGAAGAUGCUGGUGCUGCUAGUGUUACGGUUAGAGAUGCUGGUGUUGCAACUGUUUCGGUUAGAGAUGCUGGUGCUGCUAGUGUUACUGUUAGAGAUGCUUGUGCUGUUAGUGUUACGGUUAAAGAUACUGGUGCUGCUAGUGUUAUGGUAAGAGAUGCUGGUGCUACUAGUGUUACGGUUAGAGAUGCUGGUGCUGCUAGUGUUUCGGUUAGAGAUGCUUGUGCUGCUAGUGUUACUGUUACAGAUGCUGGUGUUGUUAGUGUUACGGUUAAAGAUGCUGGUGCUGCUAGUGUUACGGUAAGAGAUGCUGGUGCUGCUAGUGUUACGGUUGAAGAUGCUGGUGCUGCUAGGGUAAAGGUACGAGAUGCUGGUGCUGCUCGUGUUACGGUUAGAGAUGCUGGUGCUGCUUGUGUUACGGUUAGAGAUGCUGGUGCUGCUUGUGUUACGGUUAGAGAUGCUGGGGCUACAAGUGUUCCGGUUAAAGAUGCUGGUGCUGCUAGUUUAACGGUUGAAGAUGCUGUGGUGCUAGUGUUAUGUCUUUAUCUUAAAGUUACGGUUAGAGAUGCUGGUGCUGCAACUGUUACAGUUAGAGAUGCUGGUGCUGCUAGUGUUACUGUUAGAGAUGCUGGUGCUGCAACUGUUACAGUUAGAGAUGCUUGUGCUGCUAGUGUUACUGUUAGAGAUGCUGGUGCUGCAACUGUUACUGUUAGAGAUGCUGGUGCUGCUAUUGUUACUGUUAGAGAUGCUGGUGCUGCAAGUUUUAUGGUUAGAGAUGCUGGUGCUGCUAGUGUUAGGGUACCAGAUGCUGGUGCUGUAUGUGUUACAGUUAGAACUGCUGGUGCUGCAAGUUUUACAGUUAGAGAUGCUGGUGCUGCUAGUGUUACCGUUAGAGAUGCUGGUAUUGCAACUGUUUCGGUUAGAGAUGCUGGUUCUGCUAGUGUUACUGCAAGAGAUGCUGGUGCUGCUAGUGUUAUGGUUAGAGAUGCUGGUGCUGCUGGUGCUGCUGGUGUUACGGUUAGAGAUGCUGGUGCUGCAACUGUUUCGGUAAGAGAUGCUGGUUCUGCUAGUGUUAUGGUUGAAGAUGCUGGUGCUGCUAGUUUUACAUUUAGAGAUGCUGAAGCUGCUAGUUUUACUUUUAGAGAUCCUUGUGCUGCUAGUGUUACUGUUAGAGAUGCUGGUGCUGCUAGUGUUACGGUUAGAGAUGCUUGUGCUGCUAGUGUUACGGUUAAAGAUGCUGGUGUUGCUAGUGUUACGGUAAGAGAUGCUGGUGCUGCUAGUGUUACGGAUAUAGAUGCUGGUGCUGCUAGGGUAAUGAUUAGAGAUGCUGGUGCUGCUAGGGGUACAGUAAGAGAUGCUGGUGCUGCAAGUGUUCCGGUUAAAGAUGCUGGUGCUGCUAUUUUAACGGUUGAAGAUGCUGGUUCUGCUAGUGUUACGAUAAGAGAUGCUGCUGCUGCAAGUGUUACGGAUAAAGAUGCUGGUGCUGCUAGGGUAACGAUUAGAGAUGCUGGUGCUGCUAGGGGUACAGUAAGAGAUGCUGGUGCUGCAAGUCUUCCGGUUAAAGAUGCUGGUGCUGCUAUUGUAACGGUUGAAGAUGCUGGUGCUGCUAGUGUUACGGUAAGAGAUGCUGCUGCUGCUAGUGUUACGGUGAGAGAUGAUGGUGCUACUAGUGUUAUGUUUAGAGAUGCUGGUGCAACUGGUGUUUUGGUUAGAGAUGCUGGUGCUGCAAGUGUUACGGUAAAGAGAUGCAGGUGCUGCUAG